AUGUUACGUCUCCGCAACACAUUGCACCGUUUUGUGCAACACAACUCCGGCAAAAAGUUCGAAUAUGUGAAUGGAAAAUGUAUACGAGCCAUAGGCACUAGCGCCGGACGUGAUAGUCAAUCCUCUGCAAAAGCCACUGCUAACAGUUCGUUUGCUAGCGAAGAUGCUAUUGAUCAGCAACGGCGCACCGGGACUGGUGUUAAGAUGGCACCAGAUGUGGGAAAAUUGCGUGCACGUUUGCCAUUAGUGAAGAAUUUUUUCGUUGGUGUGGUUGAUAAUGAAAUGCUUGGCUAUCCAGAGGUUGUGCAACGUGAAGAACUGUCGCGAAUUGAAAACGAAAAAUUGCCGCUUACAAAUUUUUUCACUGACCAAGUUGAGAAUGCUAUAAUUGAUCGCACACGCCAAAUACCAGCCGAAGUUGUGGAUUCAGUACGGCAGUUGGGUUUAUAUGGUCUGAAUGUGCCGGCGGAAUUUGAAGGCAAAGGUUGGGGUUGGACUGCCAGUUUGAUGCUCACAGAGCCUGAAUCACGCUGCACCAAUGUAGCGCUUGGUCUGUUAUCACAUCGCAUAAUAAUCGAUCUGCUAAAAGACGUAGGCAGCGCCGAACAACAACAGCGUUUUUUGCCAAAAUUAGUAAACGGUUCACAAGUUGGCGUGGAAGCAAUAUUCGAAUAUGACAUGGCAGAAAACGAACUAUUUAACACUACCGCUGAAUAUAUAGUGGAAACUAACGAGUGGCUCUUGUCUGGAAGAAAGGCGUUUGCGAUAGCGGGUCCUUUCGCUACAACCAAUGCGACGCCACUCUUUUUGGUGAUCGCUCAAACGCGUCGGGCGAAUGUUAAAGGAGAUGCUAGCCGUAGCACCACAAUUUUCUUAGUGGACAGUAACACAGCCGGUGUUAAAUUAGGAGAACAGCAUUUGACAAUCGGCUGCAGAGGUUUAGAUAUACGUCGCGUUGAAUUUGACCAAGUGCGUCUACCGCCCAGUUGUAUUGUCGGUACUGCGAAUGAAGGUAAUGAAGUAGCAGACGUAUUGCUGCGCAGUAACCGGUUACGAAGUGCCAUGUUGGGCCUAGGCAUGGCCAAGCAGUUGGUUAACGACUUGACUUCAUACUGCAUCGACAAUCAACACUGCAACGUGCCGCUGAAGGAUAUGGAAAUGCUGCAGAUGCAUUUGUCGAAGGCGGCCUGUGCCACAUAUGCUAUUGAAAGUAUGAUUUAUUUGACGGCGGGCAUACUGGAUGAAUUUACGGCACCUGAUGUGGCAUUGGAAGCUGCAAUUACCAAAUAUUAUAGUCUUAGGCAAUUGUUUAAAAUUGCUGCUAAAUCUAUGGACAUCAUUGGUCCCAAAUCUUUAAUUUCCGGUCAAGAAACUGAGGUGCUUUUCCGUGAUAGUGCUCAACUGUACACUCAAGGCGAAUCAAUGGACACGCUACGCUUAUACAUCGCACUGGCCGGCUUACAACAUGCAGGCGGUGUAUUGCAAGACACAGUACGCAUGCAGCGCAAUCCACUCUUCCAUCCUGGACACAUAUUGGGUAAAUUUCUGCAAAGUUCGAACAUUGAUAAUCCAAAGACUAAAAUGCGUUUAAAUGAAAAUGUGCACCCUUCUUUGGAACCGGCUGCGCAAAGCGUCGAACAAUCAGUGGCCCGCCUGCAAAUGUGCGUUGAGUUGCUGCUAACUCGCUAUGGCACCGCUGUGGUAGAGAAGCAUCACGAUAUGCAGCGUUUGGCCGAAAUUGCAGCCACACUCUAUGCAAUGUUUGCCAGUUUAGCGCGUGCCUCACGCUCGUAUUGCAUAGGCUUGCAGUUGGCCGACUAUGAGUUGGUCUUGGCGUCAGCUGUGUGUACGCAUGGUCGCAAAAAAGUGCACACACUAUGCACAGAAAUCUUCAAUGGACAGUAUGUGAAUAACGAUAGCAAUUUGCAACGACUAGCCAAGCAAGUCAUUAAGAGUAAAGGCUAUUUCCCGGUACACCCGCUUACUUUUAAUUUCUAAAUAGUGAGUAAUUUAUAGUUCAUGCGGCAGUUUAAAGAUCAGGUUACUGUUUAAUGUGCAUGUGAACCGUUAAAUGUAGUUGUAAAUAUUUUGUUGAAGAUUUGAAUUGAAAACAGACGUAAAAUAAAAUAAAAGUGUUUCAUAAA